AAUGGACAUGAGUAAUAUGGCUCCCAGAGGGAUGGUUGUAACACCACACCACUUAGCAUCGCAAAGUGCGUUGAAAAUUCUUAGAGAAGGUGGAACCGCUAUGGAUGCUAUGGUUGCUGCAGCUGCUACAAUAUCUGUAGUGUAUCCUCACAUGAAUAGUAUAGGAGGUGAUGGUUUUUGGCUCAUUAUUCCUCCUCAUGACGAACCAAUAGUGAUUGAAGCUUGUGGAGCAGCUGGUAGCUUAGCCACGAAAGAAUUUUAUGCAGGGUAUGAUAAAAUACCAUUAAAAGGGCCCAAGUCUGCAAUCACUGUGGCCGGAACCGUUGGUGGAUGGGAAGAGGCCUUAAAGUAUGUAUCCGAAUGCGGCUACCAAAGAUUUUCCAUUUCGGCCUUAUUUGCAGAUGCAAUAACAUAUGCAGAAAAUGGAUUUCCUGUAUCAUCCUCUCACGAAAACGACAAUUUAAUUAAAGAUGAAACUCUUUCUAUGGAUUUUAAAAGUAUUUAUAUACCCAACGGAAAAAAUCCUAAAACUGGUCAACGAUUUUAUCAAAAGAAUCUUGGCAGAACUUUAAGAAGGCUAUCAGAAGAGGGAUUAAAUAGUUUCUACCGUGGUAAUUUGGCGAAAUUGAUUGCGAAAGACAUGGCGUCCCUAGGUAUGCCAAUCACAGAAUCAGAUCUUGCAAAUUACACGCCCGUUAGACGAACUCCUCUGAGAUUACUUCAUGAGUGCGGAGAAAUAUUCAACCUACCGCCACCGACACAGGGUUUAGUUUCUUUAUCUAUUCUCGCAAUCUUAGACAAGCUACGCAUCAGUGGAGAACAUGAAGGUCAAUUUAUUCAUGCAACAGUUGAAGCUACAAAACAGGGAUUUAUGUUACGAGACCAGCAUAUUACAGACCCUUGUUAUAUGAAUGUCCAUGCUCAAUCAUUGUUAGCCAGUCACGCGAUUUCCAAUAUGGCAAGUAAUAUUAGCCCCAAUCAAAUAUCUUCCGAUGGAAAGGGCGAAGGCCCAGGGGAUACGGUUUGGAUGGGGGUUAUGGAUAGCAAAGGAUUUUCUGUUUCAUUUAUACAGAGCAUUUAUCAUACAUUUGGAAGUGGAGUAAUUUUACCUUCUACAGGCAUUCUUUGGCAUAAUCGUGGCGUUUCUUUUAAUUUGAAACAAAACCAUAUUAGGUGCUUAAUUCCUGGGAAAAAGCCGUUUCAUACAUUAAAUCCAGCGGCUGCACGUUUAAAUGAUGGUCGAAUAAUGAUUUAUGGCACCAGAGGAGGUGACGGUCAACCACAAACACAAGCUGCCAUAUUUCAUAGGUACGUUAUUCAAAAAAUGAACUUGCAAAUGUCAAUUUCGGCUCCAAGAUGGUUAUAUGGAACAACGACCGGGGAAAUGACUGAUAAUUUGUAUUUAGAGGAUAGGUUUAGUAGUGAGACCAUUAAAUAUCUCAAGCAGAGAGGUCAUAGCGUUGUAAUGUUGCCUUCGUAUAGUGAAAAUGUAGGGCAAGCUGGAGCAUUGGUUAGGCAUACAGAUGGUAUGCUUGAAGGUGCAUUUGACCCUAGAAGCAACGGUAGUGCAGUUGGUUUUUAAAAAAUAGCAACAAAAUAAAUAUAUUAUUGAGGUACUUUUAUUACGUUAAAAAAAACAUAAAUUAUAUUUAUUUUAUUUCAAAUAUCGAAUCCUAAUUAAUGUUUACAUACACACUACACAUAUUCAAAACAAUGUUAAUAAAGAUGAGCGAUUAUUGCGUUUUGUUAACCUGUGCACCAUUAUUAAAUAACCAUGCGAUCGUAAUCCCCAGAGGCCUUUGCCAUUUGCAGACAAUAUAAUUUCAAACUAAGAUUAAGUAAUUUAAGUUGCUGAUUUAUGUAGCUUUACUCCAUGAUAUAUGAUAACGAAAAAACUCUUCAAGGGACGAGAACUGUCAACCUCAGUUAAUAAAGCGUAUCCAACCCAAAACUGUCAAACAAUCUCACUACAAACUCUGUAUCGGAUGAACCCAAAACUUCGUGGACAACUUAAUAUGUAUCUAAUAAAGCGAGUUAAAUCCUCAAAUGAAGACGAAUGCGGCCACUUCAUUAUUCUGAGAGUUUAAUUCAGUGUGCUGUUCGGACCAUUUAUCCGCAUUAGCGCCAGCCGGUGACAAAUUAGCGGAUUUAUUACGUUUUUAUACGAUGUUUUGAAUCUACUCUCCCCUGUGGGCAAUAGAAUUGACGAUUGUGGAGGGUUUAAGUUUUUCCUUAUAUAAAGUUUUUCAU